CGACUGAUCCUUAAUUAAAGCAGCAAACUGAACUGUUAUUUUGACUGCAUCAAGCGAUUUUGCCAAUAAAAAUAAUGUGAUAAUUCAUACCGAGUAUUUUGUACAUAGAUUUAUAUUUUUUUAACUAUCUCAUGUGCCGAUUUAGAUUAAAAAUAGGCAUUUCGGUCGAGUGAGGCGUAGACUGGUCUGUGGGUGUGCGGUGUUUUCUUUUGAUAUUACCGAUAAAAAUUAUCAGUGUGGAAUAAACUUUGAUAAUGCGGUUCGAGUCCGUGUUACGCCGUGUUCAUUGCUAAUAUUGAUUUUGUAAGAAAAAUGUUAGGAAAAUCAACAAGCAGUGUCCUUAAAGCAAACGAGUGCGGUACAAACGGUCGGAAAGUGUAAAAAAGGUGCCACCAGAAAAUGGGUAACAAAAACAGUUGUUGCUCAUACUCGAGCCCGCAGCCGAGCCACAAAGUAAUAAUACCCAUCGACUCGAAAACGUUAAGGGAGGGCGAAACCAGCGUCACAAACCUACAGCACAUAAGCGAGCGCGAGGGCUUCGACGACGAGUCCGACCCCUCUCAGGACCCGACCGUCAAAACAAUAUUCAUAGAACGUUCGAAAACGGCCAUCGAAAAUGGCAUGAUCAGGAGGAAGAGCCAGCCACAAAUUGCUGAUCUCCGACCCUUAAAAAAGAGCAGCUCAUGUUCCACAAUCUAUCUUGACGACAGCACGGUCUCGCAGCCCAAUCUCAAGAACACCGUCAAGUGUGUGGCCUUAGCUAUCUACUACAACAUCAAGAACCGCGAGUUGCAACGCGAAAUAGACAUUUUCGAUGAGAAACUGCAUCCCCUGACCAGGGACGGUGUUAGUGAGGAUUAUGACAGGCACAAUCCUGAACACAGGCAAAUCUACAAGUUUGUUAGGACUUUGUUCAAUGCCGCACAACUGACGGCCGAGUGUGCCAUCAUUACUUUAGUGUAUUUAGAAAGACUGCUGACAUAUGCCGAGUUGGACAUACAACCCUCUAACUGGAAGAGAAUAGUUUUAGGAGCGAUCCUGCUGGCUUCCAAAGUGUGGGACGACCAGGCGGUGUGGAACGUCGACUACUGCCAGAUACUGAAGGACAUCACCGUCGAGGACAUGAACGAGCUGGAGCGUCAGUUCCUCGAACUGCUACAGUUCAACAUCAACGUGCCGUCCAGCGUGUACGCCAAAUACUACUUUGAUCUGCGCACCCUGGCCGAAGCCAACGAUCUGACCUUCCCCAGCGAGCCGCUGAGCAAGGACAGGGCUCAGAAGUUGGAGGCGAUGUCGCGCGUGAUGGAGGACAAGUACACGCUCGAGGCGAUCAAGAACGGACUGAAGAAGUGGUCCAGCCUGGACAACAUUCCAAACGGCGGCGUGGCGUCGCGCAAGAGCGUCGCCAUCCUCUCAUGAUCGCGGACGGCGGUCUUCUCAUUUAGAUCUACCAAAGUAAUUCUAGUGGACUUUUUAUAUGAGAUCUACAAGUAUACAUUCUAUGGUUCUCUUUGUUUUUUUUUUUUCUGGCGGACGUGUAAAUUCAGAACUGAUCCGUAUUCGAUUGUACACUUUUUAAUUAUACACGCGCAUUUGUACGAUAAAGCACGUAAUUAGUCUGCGAUCUAAGUCUAAAAGCUCACUUUAUUAAGUAACCCGAGGCGUUUCUGAAUUUAUACGGCCCUUUUUGUGCUCCAUUGAUUUGAAGGCUGUUGUAUUCAGACCUACGAGUUUUGUUUUCCAUAAUUCUUUAAAUUUUGUUUAAGGAACAAAACUGAAAAUUUUAUUUUUCUAUGCAUAUGUACAUAUAUGAUUAUUUAUAUUAUACAUUUUGUCAUUUACUUUGUUAACAGGUAUAUUAUUAUUAAUGUUAAGUAUAUUAUUUACUUAUUAAAAGAUACAGAUACAUGUUUCUUGAUUAAUUUUAAUCAAAUGCUCCAAUGUAUUGAGCGGUUUCUGAUGUUUAUGUGUAAUUGUGUUUUGCAGUGGAAUUGUUUAUUAUUACGUACUCUACAGAUUUUACAAAUUAAGUUCCCACUACUAACAACCAUUAAAUUUUGAUUUGAACCUUUAGUUCUGUUCCAGUAAAUCAAUAGUACUGAAUGUGAUUUAAUUAAACAGGGUGUUUGUCAUUAUAUUUCAUCAUAAAAUCUAUUAAUAACAGGCGCGUCUUUCAGUUGGUCUCUUCUGUAAUUUCCCUAAUGCGACUUGUUUUAGGUGUAUAUAUUGGAUUAAUUUGGGCCGCCUUGUGUAGGUCACCUCGUAAACUAUAGUGGAGGUAAUCUAGUCACAAUUAAAUAACAGACACCAUUAAUUCCUGGUAGUUCCAGAAUAACAAACAUUGUGAUAUUAUUAAUAAUAGUUCUGGGUGUAUUUUUAGAGGGCAGAAUUUGAUUGUUGUCGUUCAUGUGAUGGAGUUAGCAACGCAUUUCUUGCUGCAAAAUUUCUGUUGUGGAUAAUUGUUCAUUCCGAAAGUUUCAAUUAGAAAAACAAAGUGAUAUAAAGUGCACCAUUCUGCUUUUACACACACGUCCAAUAAGAAUAUUUUGAUAAUUAUUUUGGAGGACAAUCGACAGGCCUAUUUUCAUUUUUAUACUCUUACUAAGCUUUCUAGAAAAAAAAAAUAUAUAUGAAUAUUUACUUGGUGCCCCUUUUCCAUGUAUAUUCAUUAUACUAACUGAAUGAUGCCAAAUAAUCCUCUAUAUAAUGAAAUAAUCUCGAUGCGACUGUUGAAGAAUCAGAUUGCAUGAGUUAUUGUAGACUUUAGUGGGACAAACCUGAAAAUAAUGAAUAUAUUUAAAAAUGAGUUCCAGGUAUAUGAUAUAAAUAUAAAUUCAUAAGAAA